AUGGGCAGCGGUGCUUCGAACCCUAAGAAGUCCAAGUAUGCCAACAAAGAGCAGGACAAGCCAAGACACUCGGCACCGACGGAGCGCACGGACACUCUGAAGACGGUCAAAAGGGUCGUGCAAUCAGUGCACGAGCAUGAGGAGACCUGUCAGCCCUCGGACCUUUUCAAGGCCCACACCAUCCGACAGGCCUUUCCAUCUGCCACUUCCACGGGCAAAAAGAUCUCGGGAGCCGUGCCCGAGAAGCUUUGCUGCGGCGCCUGCGGCGCUUUCAUCGUCGACCUCCAUGGUGACAAGGAGUUUCAUGCUUGCAAGAACUGCUGGUCCUUUGGGGAGGUCUUUGCCCUCUGCUGCACAUGCUACGAGGGCAACCCGAAGUGGCGGGGCAAAUGGCCCACGGGCCCUGCUGCAGCCCCGGCGGCGAGCCGGGUGGAGCGGCAUCGGAGCGCCCACUCCCUGAACUCAGGCAACACGCUUGAGCCGCCUCAGCCUGGAGCAAGGCGCACCCCGAGUCCAAUCGGAGACUCUUCCGACGAGGAGCCGGGUCUCUUUUCCCAGGUAAAAACUCCGCGCACUCGGCGAGAGAUGAGGAAAAAGUAUUCGCGACGGCGCUCUGAUCCAGCCAGCCCGACCGGGAAGGAUGCAGAGAAGGAGGAGCUCAUCAGACGAGGCAGCGAGGGAAACCUUCCGCGGCCGUCGACCGCGCAG